AUGCACGGAUAUAGGGCUAUCGCCAAGGCCUUCGAGGAGCGUACACAUAAGGUCCAUGAGGUGAAGCAACUGCAAAACAAGUACGCGUCACUGAAAAACGAUUGGCAGUCGUGGUCACGCCUGAUGGACAGCAGGCAUGGGCCAACCGGCAUAAGUUACAAUGAAGCAACUGGUUUGAUACAAGCAUCCGACGACUGGUGGGCCCAUUAUGAAAAGAUUGACAAGAAUGCACUGAAGUUCAAAACGAAACUGUUGGAGCAUAUGGAGCUAAUGCGAAGGGUGUACGAAGGUGCAACUGCAACCGGGAAAUUCGCAUGGACACCAGGGGCAGCGUUCGAACCUGUGGCCAUGGAGGACAAUCCGUUGCUGGUAGACGAAGAAGACUGCGAAGACAGCAGUGGUUUGCCCCGUUUCCAGCCAUCCGCGCAGUAUGGACAAACUGUCCACCACAGUUCUGCGCAAGAGGAGGACAUCCCGGCCAGUGUACAUACUGCGGCAUCGGCAAUUCACGUUGAUGACACACCUACGAGUGGCCAGAGCAAAUGCAAAUUCAGUCGCACAACACACUCACAGCGGAAAAAAGGGCUAAGUGUCGGAGCAUCGCUCUUGGCAAGUAGCAUGGAAAACCUUGUGUCUUCAGUUAAAUUACAAUAA